GAGAGAGAGAGAGAGAGGGGGUUGCGCCGGUAUCAUUAACCGAGCAAAGCUUCAGUCUCGUACAACACCGGACAGUGAUCGGGUCCUCGUAAAAUAAUAAAUUUACGAAAAAAAAAACAAAAAAAAAAUCGAGAGUAGACCGUAAGCCAUUCAUGGAACAGUUUCGAGUAAUUUGCUGAUAAGUGCCGGGGCGUCCUCCACUUGUCCACAAUGGUCUAGAUUUUUGAAGGAAAAACCAAAAAGACAAUCGCGCACAGACAAGGAAAAGGACGUCAGUGGUCUGUGAAGGAAUGUUAAAGCAUUUCGGACCCUAAAAGUGAACAGAACAGGACCCCAUCACCACCACCAGUUCCUCCACCCACGGGAGAGGAGAGACUCGCGCGUCUCGAGUCCUUGGGAACUCUCUAGACCCAACUACCAACGAUCCUCCGACGGGAGUGAACUCCUCGUCCCUCCACCUCCCCCUUUUUUCCCCCUUUGAGGAUCUCCUGCGGGGCUCGCCUGCCCUGUGGGGACCUCUAAGGCCGCCACCUCCUCCUCCUCCUCCUCCCUCCUACGGCAACGAGCAAGAUGCUGUCAUCUUGCUGGUUCACGACUCCCUUCACGGGAUGUUUCUCAGCGGCGGUGAAAGGCGGUGCUGGCAGCGGAAUGCGAGACGGAGGUGACGCCGACCAUCCAGUCAGAGUUAGCCAGUCGGAGGAGCGAAGCAGACGAUUUCUUCGGCCAUCACAUCGCAGCCGAUCUGAGGGGCCCUUAGGCAGGGACCUAGAUGAUGAUAGUUUACUUGUGUCUGAAUACAAGACCCAGUAUGCCUGGGUGAGAAGGGGCGGCUCUGCUAGGGGCCCUGAGGCCGCCCCGCUCCUAGAGGCCGACAAGUACAGAGCAAAAAGACCGAAGCCAGAGACGGGAUCAAAAAGUAAUAAUAUGAAAUCCCUGCUCACUUGGUCCAAUGCUCGUCAGCCGCCCCCCCAGUCGACCCAGAUCCACGUGAACGUCAACGGAAGCGCCGGCGGCGGCGGCGGCGGUGGGAUCGCGUCCUCCGGAGGGCACGACGACGACGGAGCGGCUCCUCCUCCUGCAGGUCAGCAGCAGCAGACGACGCCCCGAACGCCUCGUAAGUCCAAGUCCAUGGGUCGCAUUCACACUGGUGGAGGUGGUGGUGGCACUGGGACGGAGGUAGGAGGAGGGGGAGGAGGAGGAGGAGGAGGGGGAGGUGGAGGAGGGGUAGUUGUAGGAGGAGUUGGCGGCGGCCAUCACCACCAUCAGCAGAAUCCGCCUCAGAGUGGAGACGGCCAUGAGAGACACCAGGAGCAGCAGCAGUCGGCCUCUACAGCGGCAGCUGGAGCUGGAGCAGCUGGAGCAGGGGCGCCCGCCACCUCAUCGUCUGCUGCUGCCCUCCCCGAGGCACCAGCUACCACCAGUUGGCACCGAGGUCAUCGGAGGGUCCCAUCCGAUGGCGUUGCAUGGCGGGUUUCCAAAGGACUGGAAGCUGACAGAAUCAUUGGUGGCGACGCUAUGCAAGGCCUCGGCGAUGAUAAGGUCUCAAAACGCAUUCUAAAGAGGUCCACUACAGUAUCCGCAAUCCAGUUUGAUCCAACAAAGCCAUUAAGGGCCUACAAGUCUGAGUACCGUAAGAAGUUCCGUCCAUUCUCGCAAUACCAGUAUGUGGACGGCAAGUUCCAUAAGGUCAAGACCGACGAACCGGCAGCUGGGUCAGAUGCCUCCAACAACUGGUACAAGGAGGUCAUCGAGCUGAGGCGUCAGGCGGGACAGUACAGAGCGAGGCACGAUAUUGGUGACGUGUGGCGGACCGUUCAGCAUCGAGGUUGGGGAGUGGAAACAGCAUCAGAACGACUGGCCGAGAUUUACUCGAAGCAGGCGGAGCUGUGGGAGCAGGUAUCUCGUAGGUCAUCCCUUCAAGCCCUCUCUCUGGCAGCGGCUUCACCAAGUAGGCCGAUCAGUAAGGCAGAGAAGGACAUCGAGAACUCGAGGCGUUCGUCCCCGAUCAAGCACGUGAGUACCUCUUCCCGCGAACGCCCAACCACCGCGCCGCCCAAACCUAAGCCCGCAGCUGCUGUGCAUACGCAGAAGACUCCAGCCGACAAAGCCGACUUGAGGAGCUCAAAAGAAUCGACACCUCGACACCACUACGAUCGCACCACAGGAGCAGCAGAGGAGGGUCUCUUGAUCACCUCGCCGUCAAGGGACAGGAUUGAACCAAUCGUUCCCGAAGAUUGGUCUUCGCGCCGCUCUUCUCGCAGGACCCCACCAAUCACAAGCCCAAUGAAAGAUGGCCUCCCCAGCAGCAGACGAAGGUCCAACAGAGCUUCCUCAGCGGCCAGACCUCCCCCACCCAAGGACUGUAGGUCCUCUGUAGGAGGUCGUUCAAUAAGCGUCGGCCCCGAGAACCGUUCGCCCAAGCGGACUUCGCGCCCACCCUCCACCCACACCACAGCACCCGCAGCCAAGCCCGAGAGGCGCCCCAGGCCAACUUCCCUCUCCACUAGCGCCCGCCGAAAGGGUACUGACGCUGUGCCUCACCGCACAUCCUCCCACGAUGAGAGUAAAGAGACCAAGAAAGUCUCUUCUUCUAAGUCUAAGCCUCAUGAGCCCACUGCUUCGCCUAAGAAGGGCGAGGACAGGAGCAAAGCGGACAAAAAAGCCAUUAGCGAAGAGACUGACGCCAAGAAGGACAAGGAGAUCAUCCCCAAGGACAAGGAUGGAGCGGCCAAAGAGCCCGUGGAAGCCAUGAAGGAGUCCUCCUCCGGCAGGAAGUCCACCCCCGAACCACGGUUCGACCCGGAGAAGUAUGAACCCGUGGUGAAAACACCACCCGAACCGACCCGGGUGAAGUCACCCGAUCAGGUUGGUAAAUGGGCUAUGGUGAAGAGCCCUGAUCCAGUGAACUGGACAGUCCCCCUGGAUACUGGAAAGACAUUUACAGUGACGCACAAUAUUCCAGAAGCCACUCACUGUUUGAGAAUACCGAGAGGUGAAUCCGCGCGCGGAACUCCUUCCUCAGAGCAUCGCCAAGGAUUAGAAUCCCGCACUCGCCAAACACCAGAACCAACUAAACUUACACAGGGUCCCCUAGUAGGAACUCCAUUGUCCGCCAUUAGUUCAGAUGCAAAGUCUUACUCUCAGGAGCAACCAAAGCUACCCACUGCCACAACUGUAGAUCCUAAGGUUGACGAUAAGCCUGUUGAAAAGAAAACAGACUCGUCGAAGCCAGCAGACAUUAAGGCUGCUGAACCAAAAGUUCCAGAAAGUAAGGCCCCAGAAGCAAAACCCCUAGAUAUUAAGGCUUCAGAACCUAAGCUAGAAACUAAAGUCCCUGGAAGUAAGCCUAUAGAUUCUAAGGUAGAACCUAAGCCAAGUGAAACAAAAGUCCCUGAGGCAAAGCCUUUUGAUACCAAAGUAGAGCCCAAAGUAGCUGAAGUUCCAGAACCAGAGAGUAAACCUUUAGAUUCAAAGGUAGACCCAAAAUUAAGUGAAACCAAAGUCCCAGAGGUUAAACCAAAGGUAGACACAGAUAUAAGUGAAAGUAAGCCCUCAGAAGUUAAACCUUUUGAUACUAAAUCUGAUCCCAAAGCAAGUGAGACAAAAACUGAUGCCCAGCUUAGUGAUACCAAGAUAGAGCCUUCUUUAAAGGAAAGCAGCACACAAGAGCUAAAACCUAGUGAAUUUAUGACAAAAGAACCAAAGCUUGAUGAUUUUGAUGCAUCUGAUUCCAAACUUGCUGAAUCCAAGGCUCCACAGCCCAAGCAUUCAGAGUCCUCUUUUGACAAGGAUUCUGAUCCAGCUUCUGAUCUUAAAAGUUCACAGUCACCGCAGCCUCAUCAGCCAAUUCAGCAAGUCCCUCCUAAACCACCUGCACCUUCACAAUCUUCACCUGUGGAUAUUUUACCACCUUCCUCAGGUGCGGUUGAUCCUAUGUCUAUGUCCAUGUUUGGCUCUUUAAAUGGCAUGAAUGGCAAGAGUUCUGGCACUCCAUCUCCUACCAAGCCUGAAGGGCCUCUUCCAUCCUCUGAGCCUUCUAAAGAAUCCACUGGUCCCGAGUCAAAACCUGGAGCUGUUCGAAGUAUCCCAGGUACUAAUCUACGAUGCCUUGAUGACCCUUCCUUCAUGUUUGACCAGCCUAGUCAAGCAGCAACUAAUUCUCCAAAGGCUGGCGGCUAUAAGGUUCUUGAAGCUCCUACUACGGAGGCCUCUCAACAAAAGCCAGGGGCUUUUCGUGUGCUAGAGGCCCCAGAAGCACCAUCGGAUAUCAAGGAUCUUCCUGACCAGUCUCCCUCGAAGCCUGAAGCCCCCGUCAAACCUUCUCCUUAUAGAGUUUUAGAAGCCCCACUUGAACCAACAGCUAGACCUAAAGGGUCCCCUUAUCGAGUUCUAGAAGCACCCGAUGCUCCUUUUUAUCCUCAGGCCCAGACUGUGGGGGCUCCACAAGAGUCUAAACCUCCCUCUCUUGUAUCUCCCUCUUCUGGUAGGGCUGUAACUGAUGCGCUUGAUAAGGCACGCAGUCGGUUUGACUCCUUUUGGGGUGGACCAAAAGAUAAAGAUCCUCCCAGUCAAGUCUAGGUGCCCAAAUUCACUAGCCAUGUUUUAAUUAAAAAUUCAGAUAUUCAUGAAGAUGGAUUACUUUUAUCCUAUUAUCAAAGUUAAUGAAGUCUAUUUUGUGGUUCAUCUUCAUGAGUAUUUUAUUAUCUCAAAAAUGUGCUGUUAUAAAUUAUUGUAUAAAAUGUUUAUGAUUUAAUAUAUUCAUCAAAUCCUACUGAGUCUCAUGUUUGUUAUGAGUCAGUACUACAUGAAUAACAGCAUAUUUGAGGUAUAUAAUUUAUUGAGGAAACCCACAGGUCAUCAUUUCAGCCAGAUGUUUAUUCGCAAUACUCAUACUAUUUUUGUUAGUUGUCAUAGAUGCUACUUACCUCUCCAGACUUAACUCAAGGCUAAGCAGUAUAGUAUUUCCUGUGGGUUUUUCUUAUACAAAGCACUUGCUAGUAGGCUAAGAUUGUGAGAUUGUUUAUAAAAUGGCCUUUAAGGCCAGUUUUAGUUUCUGUAUGUUUAGCUUUUAUCGAAAAUGUAAGAAUGGAAAGUAUGCCAGAAUCAUGAUGUGUGCAGGGAAUGCCAAGUCUUACCCAAGAUUCCUCUCAGACUCUGAGUCGGAUUCUUCUCAUAUCAGUGAGAAAUCACAGAGAGAAGGAGAAUGAUAUAAAAACUUCAUUUUGUCCUGUAGCUAACUGUAUUUUUCACUCCAGACUACAGAUGUAAUUAACUGAUAAAACUAGUCGAUGACAGAAGAGGUAAGAUGAAAUCUUUUUUGUUAAUGGAGAAAGUAACUUGAUUAUCUAACUUGUAUUCUUUAGAUAUUAAAUAUAAUGAGGUUUUGGGUUUGGGAAAUUCAAAGUGAAUAAUAUACAAAAUUAGGAGAACAAACAAAACUUCAAGAAAAUUCAAGAGGCUAAUAAAAUACGGGUAUUACUGAUAACUUCGAGCACGAAGCUGCAAAUUUUUCAAAUCGCAUGACCUUCAAGCAACAUUUAAAUUGAAUACGUAUGUAAAGGCAUUUGGUUAUUCUCACGUCUGCUUUGCAUUGUGACAUUCACUCGAUCUUUCAUUAUGAGUCAAUGAAGGUUUAUGCCCCUGCACUGAAGCAAUUGGUGGAAGCUAUGUUAAACGAAGAAACUUUGGUCUUACUUGGCAUUUCAUCCCAGCCUUAAUUAUAAUGCCUAUAUGCGAUUUAGGAAUCUGAGGAUAGUGAUAUUCUGAUCUCGCUCAUCAGGCAUCUUGUAGUGAAUCUCAACGGUGCAACAUUUACAUAAUGUAUCGACUGAAUUUUAAUUAAUGCUGUGUAUAUGAAUUAUUCUGCCGUUGUGAACUUGUCAAUUUCCAGGCAUCUUGCAUAUUUUUUUUUUUCAUUAAUACCAAAGAUAAUUACUAGCAGUUAUUCAAACUUAUGAAGUGGUGAUAGGUGAAUAAUAUGUUGUUUCCCAGAUAAUUAACUGCCAUGGUUUGAUGAUGAUAAUAGUUUUGAAGGGCAAAUCUAUUUAUAUUGUUAUAAUUAGUAUAGUGUUGGCCAAUUGCUGUACUGUACUGGGAUUGGUCUCUGGUAAAGUUCACCAUUAAUGUUUUAUGUCCCAUGGUGAUUAUUUUAUAGUUUUAUAUUUCAUUAAGCUUAUUUUUAUAUUUUGGGGAUUUUUCUCUAGGAUUGUUCCAUUACAUUCCAUAAAGCCUUAAGGACUAGUAAUUUCCUUGCUUUGAGUCAUAUUUUGUACUCUUGAUUUUGUUUCUCUCAUGUUCCUGUCAGCCAGUGUGUGAAAUUCAGUUCCAUGGAAUCGUCUAAAGUGUCUUCGUUUUAUUCUGUUCAGUGCCACAUCAAUUAGACAUUUUAAAUACUGGUGCCAUUUCAGAAUCUAUUUAGUAUUGGUAUACAUUUACACUUGCUUCUAGCAAAAUAAAAGCGACUUGACUGCCUGUGUUACUCUGCAGCAGCAGCAGCACACUCAUACAUACGUACUGGAGGUCUUUCUUCCAUCUCUGCUCUUUUUAUGAACGCAAGUGAAAAUGCAGCCUGUGCUAAAAGUGGCUACAAUUAUUGAGCGUCCUCUGAAGUUGGAGGGAUAGCUAGCUUAUUGAAACCCUAACUCUGAUACAUGAUUAUAUAUACUAUUAGACAACACAUUUAGUUCCCGUCCUUAAUUGUUAUUUCCAAUAAAGUUUUUUAUCAUUUGCUUCCAGUUAAAAUAACUUUAUUGGGGCUACAAUUACAAAGUCAAUAUUUCUUUUUACCCUUAACCAUUCUCCUCGCUUUUUGGAUUAGAAGUUUAUUAGUGCUUGACUACGGUUUAUAUUGAUUAUUUCAAGUAAAUGGAAUUAUGUACUGAAGCCUUAUUCAAAGGGUCAAAACUGCCAUGUAAUUUCUGACUAUCACCAUGGGCCGUUGCCACUUUUUUUCAAUAAGGACGCCGUUAAUGCUUCUAGUCAAAAUUGUUUAUUCAUUCUUUGCAUAAACUGCAGGUGUCGGUGUCAGAUACAACUUCACCCGAAAAACUCAUUUAUGAUAGAAUUCCAGCAUAAAAAAGAAACCAACACAAAAACACAGACAUAAACCUAUGAAUGAAGGCAUGGUUGUCAAGCCUCAUAUGAUAAGAGAUUCUUUGGCAAAUGGGAUCUGUGAUUAUUUUUGCAGUACACAAUGAUGGUAGUACUGCUGAUGGAAUUGAAUGGUAGAGUAUUAAUUAUGUGUGAAUAGUUGUUGAAUAUUUCUAGUAUAAUAUUUAGCAGAUUUUUUAUUAAAUAUGGUUAUUCCCUCGGUGAUGAGGUUUCUUAUUUUAUAGGCAUCAUAUAAGACUUGAUAAUGUGACUGAAUUCAAAAUAUAGAAAGGAAUUCAAAGGUGAGCAUGUUUGUGGCUGGACUCCUUAAGUUGUGAAUCUGAUCUUUGCUGUAUGUACCCAUAGCACAGACCCUUACAUUAAAUGUACAGCUUCAAAUGA